GAUGAGCCGCCCGGCGCCCGCCGCCGAGCCCGUGUGGGAGCGGCCCUGGUCGGUGGAGGAGAUCCGUGGCAGCAGCCAGAACUGGUCGCUGGCGGCCGACGCGGGCCUAUUGCAGUUUCUACAGGAAUUCUCACAGCAGACUAUCUCUAGGACACAUGAAAUCAAGAAACAGGUGGAUGGACUAAUUCGGGAGACCAAAGCAACCCACUGUCGCCUGCACAAUGUCUUCAAUGACUUCCUCAUGCUGUCUAAUACCCAGUUCAUUGAGAAUCGUGUGUAUGAUGAAGAAGUGGAGGAGCCGGUGCUCAAGGCUGAGGCAGACAAAACAGAACAGGAGAAAACCAAAGAACAGAAAGAAGUAGAUCUGAUCCCCAAAGUUCAGGAGGCUGUGAACUAUGGGCUGCAGGUCCUGGACAGUGCAUUUGAGCAACUUGACAUCAAAGCUGGGAACUCGGACUCUGAGGAAGAAGAUGCCAACGAGCGGGUGGAACUGAUCCUCGAGCCAAAGGAUCUCUACAUUGAUCGUCCUCUACCCUAUCUCAUCGGGUCGAAGCUCUUUAUGGAACAGGAAGACGUGGGGCUUGGAGAACUGUCCAGUGAAGAAGGCUCCGUAGGCAGUGACCGUGGCAGUAUUGUGGACAGUGAAGAAGAGAAAGGAGAGGAGGAUUCAGAUGAAGAUUUUGCCAAUCAUAGUGACAAUGAUCAACACCAGCAGGUUUUUCCUUAUGUGGAAUCAACUGUCAAGCACACCACACAAAUGAGUGAUGAAGAAGAGGAUGAGGAUGGGGACCUUUUUGCCGACUCUGAGAAGGAGGAGGGUCUUGAGGGCGCCGAAGAAAGCGCUAAGCCUAAAAGGCCUACAUCUUUUGCUGAUGAACUGGUGGCUCGAAUCAAAGGUGAUGCCUCAAGCCGGCCUGAAGAGGAGCAGACAGAUACGAAAGCCCGGAAGACAGUGAAAGAGAAGAAGGACAGGAAAACACCUUCCGAUGAUGAAGAAGACAUCUUAUUCGCUCCCCCCAAGUUGACGGAUGAAGAUUUCUCUCCAUUUGGCUCCAGAGGUGGCCUGUUCAGUGGAGGGCAGGGCCUUUUUGAUGAUGAAGAUGAAGAGAGUGACCUCUUCAGGGAAGCUCCCCAGGACCGUCAAGCACAAGGCACUGUUGGUCCAGAGUCUUCAUCUUCCAAACCUGGAAAGAAAAUCCCAGCAGGAGCUGUUUCUGUAUUUCUAGGAGACACUGACGUGUUUGGGGUCACGGCUGCCCCAUCACUAAAUGAGCCCCAGAAACAAGAGCAGCCCACUCCAGGGAAGAGCCCACACCUGCCGACUCCUUCUGGCCUCUUCGAUGACGACGAUGAUGAUGAUGACUUUUUUGUGGCCUCUGCUAGCAAACCUCCCAAAACCGAUAAAGUGAAGCCCACAGCCACCAUCUUUGAUGAGGAGGAAGGAGAUCUAUUCGAAGAAAAAGUGACAGCUCUGCCCGGAGCUACUGUGCAUCAGACAGACGAAAACAGGACAAGGGCAGAGAAACCGAUUACCUUACCUUCCAGCAAAAAUACCCAGCUCUUGUCGGAAACAAAGACUCAAAAAGGUUUAUUUUCAGAUGAGGAAGACUCUGAGGAUUUGUUUUCUCAGAAUGUGAGUAAGCCAAAAAGUGCUUCACUUCUGCCCAGCAAACUACCUGCAUCGGUCUCCCUUUUCAGUGAUGAAGAUGAAGAGGAUAACCUUUUUGGUGCUGUAGCUGCUAAGAAGCAGACAUCCCUACAACCUCAGAGCCAAGAGAAAGCUAAACCCUCAGAGCAGUCCAAAAAGACAGCGUCUGCCUUGUUGUUCAGCAGUGAUGAGGAGGACCAAUGGAAUAUUACUGAUUCAGAGACCAAGUCAGCACCUGAUAGCAGGCCCAAAGGGGAACUCAGGGACUCGGGAACCAUCCAAGGCCAACAGGUUAAGGCUGUUAAGAAAACCAGUCUUUUUGAGGAAGAUGACGAUGAAGAUGAUCUGUUUGCUAUUGCCAAGGACAGUCAGAAGAAGACCCAGAGGGCUUCACUCCUCUUUGAAGAUGAUGCGGACAGCGGGAGCUCUCUGUUUGGCUCUCCUCCUGUGUCUGCUCCUCCUGCAACAAAGAAAAAAGAGACCAUCUCUGAGGUGCCACCUUUGCUGUUCAGUGAUGAAGAGAAAGAGGCGCCCUUUGGAGUGAAAGCUGUAGAUAAGAAGGCCGAGAAUGCCAAAGUGUCCUCAGAGCUCGGGAGAGGCGACGCGGUUGAGGCCACGAAGAAGGAAGGAAUUUUGACUAUAUCUGCCCAGGAAGCAAUUGGGCAUUCUGAUUUAUUUUCUUCCUCCCUACUGGGUAAAGGAACCAAAGGUAGAAGUAAAACAGUUCUUAGCUUGUUUGAUGAGGAAGAGAGUACAGUGGAGGAUGAAAACACCAUGUCUGCACCACACAGCGAACUCGAAAAGAGUGCCACUACCGAUGCCCGUCCCAAGAGCACAGGUGUCUUUCAGGAUGAAGAGCUCCUUUUCAGCCACAAGCUCCAAAAGGACAAUGACCCCGAUGUUGACCUUUUUGCUGGCACCAAAAAAUCCAGGUUGUCAGUGCCAAGUGGCGGGAGUCUGUUUGGUGAGGAUGAAGAUGAUGAUCUCUUCAGCUCUGCCAAGACCCAGCCUUUGGUACCAGAAAAAAAGAGUACAAUGAAAAGAGAUCACCAUGUUUCUUCUUUCAAGAACCAGACAUGCCCAGAAUCUACUGAAGGUGGCAAAGAAAAAAGCACAUGGAAACCAGAAGCAUCACAGGAUUCAUCAGGUCCCGCUCCAUUUAAAACCAAAGAGCCAUCCACUCGCAUCGGGAAGCUACAAGCAAACUUAGCCAUUAACCCAGCGACCUUGCUGCCCUCAGCGGCUCCCCAGGUCUUGGGAGCAAAGUCCAUUUCACCUGACCCGGCUUUUCCUUCAUCGGAACCUGGAAGGAGUCACAGUGUGGAAAGUGUGCCCACUCUUCCUGGGAGUGGGGAGGCUGGUGUGAGUUUUGACCUUCCAGCCCAGGCAGACACUUUACACAGUGCCAACAAGAGCCGAGUGAAAGUGAGAGGGAAGCGCAGACCACAGACCCGUGCAGCCAGGCGGCUGGCUGCCCAGGAGUCCGGUGAGGCUGAGGACAUGGGUGUCUCCAGAGGACACAUUGCACAGCUGGCAGAAUGCGCUCUUUCGACAAAUGAUGAUUACCCUCAGCUGCAGCCCCAAGCAGCCAGUGGAGAAGUUGGCUCUGGGGAGGCCAUGGCAGGAGUUGCACCACCAUGGGAAAGUGGUCCUGUGUCUCCACUGGACAGAAGCCCCUUUACAAGGUCUCUGGGUCAGUCUGGAAGUGAGACUGACCUGUUUGAUUCUGGGGAUCUCUUCUCCAGGAACACGCCAUCACAGUUCACAGAGAGAACAAAAACCAGAGGGAAGGCAGCAGAGACCCUGGGCCAGCCACCAGGGGCCAGCAAAGAAAAGAGCCUUCUGUUUCCUGCUCCCAAGGAGGCCAGCAGUGCCGAUGAUCUCUUCCAGGCUGUUAAGCCAAGACCAACAAAGAAAACCAAUCCCUUUCCCUUCCUGGAAGACGAGGAUGAUCUCUUUGCAGAUCAGAAAAGCAAGAAGAGUGAGUUGAAAUCCAGUAGUCAUCAGGAAGUCCUAUCAAAAACACAAGAUAUUUUUGAGGAUGACAUAUUUGCUACAGAAGCAAUUAAACCCCCUCAAAAGAAAAGAGAGAAGGAGAAAACUUCGGAAUCCAACUUAUUUGAUGAUAACAUUGAUAUCUUCGCCGACCUAACUGUAAAACCAAAAGAAAAGUCCAAAAAGAAAAUGGAGGCCAAGUCUAUAUUUGACGAUGAUAUGGAUGAUAUCUUCUCCUCUGGUCUCCAGCCUAAGACAACCAAACCAAAAAGCCGAUCUGCACAGGCAGCAUCUGAGACGAGAGCUGAACACAAGGCAUCCAACAUAUUUGAUGACCCCCUGAAUGCCUUUGGAGGCCAGUAGAGCACGCAGGGUAUCCGUAGUUUCCCCUUCCACUUUGCCCUUCAGCUCGCGACUGUCUUCUACAUUCCCUGUCUUAACUGGAUUACAGAAAGGAAAUACCGAAACACCUGUUUCACCUUUUACCUGAUGUAGUCAAUAUUUUUCUGCACUGAUUUUAAUUAUGCUUAAUACUAUAAAACAAACAUAAAUGUUU